GGAGUAUAAUCGUCAAGAGUUUAGGUUCCUUGAGUAUAAUUUGUGAUCUUUCAUCGCCAUCUUUCAUUCAUUUCAUUUUCAUUUUACAUGUAAAAAUUAAUUUAUUUACUUGACAUUGGCAGAAUUGUGCGAAAUGCGCAGAUAAGCCAUUAAUUAAAAAAGAAGAGUAUAAUUUGUGGCAAAUAAUACUUUAUAAUAUCUAUAAGGGCAAACAAGUGGCGAUAUAGAAUUAAACAUAAUUGAUGAAAGAAAGAACCUAAGAUGAACAAGAUAUUUAACAAAAUUCUGAGAUGCUCGGUGGUGUUAAAUAAAUCCCAAAAUGUGUAUAGAAUGGGUCCUGUCGCAAUUAAAAACAACUUUCAUACGACUUCUGCAAAAUGCGACUUGAUGGAGUUUUUCGAUACCAAGAAAAAUUGGAGCGAAUCUAACAUCAGAGUUGGUCGUGCUUGGAAAUUAGAUGAGCUAAGGAUUAAAUCUAAUUCCGAUUUACAUAAAUUAUGGUAUGUACUAUUAAAAGAACGUAACAUGUUGUUUACAAUGGAACAGGAAUGCAAUGCAAAAGUAAGAUUGUUUCCUAACCCUGAAAGGAUAGAUAAGGUACAAGAGUCAAUGGAAAACAUUGAAAAAGUUGUAAGAGAACGUAACAUAGCUUAUUAUAAAUUAGAAACGGGGGAAACUGGCGAGCGUCCUGUUGAAGAUGUUGUCAACUUAAUUGGCCUUCAAGAAAAGUAUGAGAAAAAAGAAUAUGCAAUACCAAGAUUUCUGAAUUCUCGAUGGGUUAAACCAUAUCUGGAGAAUGGUUACACAAACAGUUAUGCUAUAAAGAAAUUUUUGAGGUUGUAUAAAGAAAAACAAUAUAAUGAAAAGAGGAAAGCAAGGAAUAGAGAUUAUAAUCACGUUCAGCAGUUGUUAAAAAGAUUCCCGGAUAUGGAUAUGGAAUUACUUAAAGCUGAAUAUCCAAAUGUUGAUAUAGAAAAAGCCAAGCGCACUAAAAAAGCCAGAGGCAACUAUAUGCCUAAAUACUAAAUUAUUUAGCAUGAACAUUAAUUUAGUAGUAUCAUUAAUUUAGAAUAUAUUAAAAUUAUAUUUGGAAUAAAUAGUCACAUAAAAUAUU